UGAAGGAGAUUGCUCUGCUGGAACACAGCUCCACAGAAACUACCAGCUGGUUUGAGACGUAAAUUGUCUGCGUGGCAGUUGUGUUUACGUGUAUGAGCCUGGCGGGAGUGACGGAAGCACCUGAUGGAAGCACAUGAUUGAUUGCCUGUAACAAGAAGGGUGUUACUGAACUCAUGAUACACAAUGGAGCAACAAUGGAUUGGCCCCAACAAAGAUGUAGCAGAUGUUGGGAGAAGACGUCACACCUGAAAUGGAGGUGAUUGAGGGAGCUGAAUGCUGACUGCACCAACAUGGGGUUGCGACUGCUGGCUUGUCUUUUCCAUUUGCCCACUGCUGUGAUCUACGGGUCCCUGUCGCUCUUUGUUUCCAUUUUGCACAACGUAUUCCUCCUGUACUACGUGGACACCUUUGUCUCUGUUUACAAGAUUGAUAAACUGUCCUUUUGGAUAGGAGAGACAGUGUUUCUGAUCUGGAACAGCCUCAAUGACCCUCUGUUUGGCUGGCUGAGUGACCGAGUGUUCCUUAGCACACAGCAACCAGGAGCAGAGAUUUCUUCCCCUGAAGUAGUUCUGAAGAGGCUCAGAGCACUAAGCCACAAUGGCCCCCUCUUUGCCAUCUCUUUCCUGGCUUUCUGGGUUGCCUGGGCUCAUCCUGGUUUGCAGUUCCUCCUUUGCCUUUGCAUGUAUGACAGCUUUCUCACCAUGGUCGACCUCCAUCACAAUGCCUUGCUCGCAGAUCUGGCUGUUUCAGCAAAAGACAGGACUAGCCUCAACUUCUACUGCUCCCUCUUCAGUGCCAUAGGCUCCCUCUCUGUUUUCAUGUCCUAUGCAGUGUGGAACAAGGAGGACUUCUUUUCCUUUCGCAUAUUUUGCGUCCUGCUGGCCCUCUGCUCCAUCACUGGUUUUACACUGUCCACACAGUUGCUCCGCCAGCGGUUCCAGGCUGAUGGGAAAGAGAAAUGGGAUCAGGAAUCAACCUUAAAAGAGCUGUACAUUGAGAAACUCUCCGUCCCCCAGGAGAAGAGGAUCACCCUGGCAGAGUAUCUCCAGCAGCUCUCCCGGCAUCGUAACUUCCUCUGGUUUGUCUGCAUGAAUCUUGUCCAGGUUUUUCACUGCCAUUUUAACAGCAACUUCUUCCCUCUGUUCCUGGAGCACCUGCUGUCAGACCAGAUCUCUGUCUCUACUGGAUCCUUCCUGCUCGGUGUUUCCUACAUUGCCCCCCAUCUCAACAACCUCUACUUCCUGUCGCUCUGCCGCCGCUGUGGGGUUUACGCUGUAGUGCGAGGACUCUUCUUCCUGAAGCUGGCUCUGAGUGUUGUCAUGCUCCUGGCAGGACCUGACCAGGUGUAUCUGCUCUGCAUCUUCAUUGCCAGCAACCGUGUGUUCACAGAAGGGACCUGUAAGCUGCUGAACCUGGUGGUCACCGACUUGGUGGACGAGGAUCUAGUCCUGAACCGUAGGAAGCAGGCAGCCUCAGCCUUGCUCUUUGGGAUGGUGGCUCUGGUCACCAAGCCGGGCCAGACCUUUGCCCCUCUGAUUGGCACCUGGCUGCUCUGUGCAUACACAGGCUACGACAUUUUCCAGCGCAACCCCCUGAGCAACGUGGUGAGUGCCCAGCCAAGGCUGGAGUCUGCCGUGGCCUUGGAGCCAACUCUUCGCCAGGGCUGCUUUUACCUCCUCGUCUUCGUCCCCAUCACGUGUGCGCUGCUGCAGCUCCUCAGCUGGUCGCAGUUCAGCCUGCACGGGAAGCGGCUGCAGAUGGUGAAGGCUCAGCGGCAAAGCCUGACUCAAGGCCGAGCACCAGAGGUCAAAACAAUCUAGGGGUGCCCAAGCCCCCAGGGUGCUUCUGGCUCCAGGCUGGUGCCAGAGGGCAGGUGAAACGCUGGGGUGGCAGGCUGAGAAAGUCUGGUGUUUGCGAUUCAACUGUGAAAUGCUGUCAUGCCAAUGUUUACUCUUUCCAGGAGGUGGUCACUAUUGAAGGCAUAAGUUCAGCAUGGGAGGGGCCUGGGACAGAUCAUUUGGCCACAGGAGCAAGAACAUUUUAUCCCAGCCUGUCCCAGGAGCAGAGAGCUGCUCAUUCUAGUGAGGAGGUGCUGGAUUGCAGUGUUUGCUAGAGGCAGACACGUCCCCAGUGUGCUCCUCUGCCCUGGGCAUGGCCCUGGGGAGCCACAGCCUCUGGCUAAGCAGGAGGAGACUGUACAGGGAGUCCUUCCUUGCUAGAGCCUUGCAGCUUUGGGGAGUGGAGUGGGAGGCUUCUGAGGGACCAAGUAACAGAGGGCAUGAUGACAGAACAGCAGGAGCAAGGAUGAGAGGACCUCAAAGGCCUUUCCCAGUAACUGGUACAACCCUCCCACAUACAGUGCUGCAGUUCUUGGACCAAAUCCACUCUUAAGACAUUUCUUGUUUCCAGGACAACAUCCUGCACAGCCAGAGUCUGCUGGCUGUGUUUUAUGCUGAGGUUCCGUCCUUUGUGGCCUUGCAGAAGGCCUCGUUGCCAGCCUGAGAAAGGUGCAGGGCUUGAACUGAAUUCAGAGCCUUGAGCUGGAUCAUCUCAAUGGCAUCCCGUUGCCUAUGUUUAUCCCUCCUCUCCCCUCUGCAGUCCCUUCCACUCAGUGCUGCCACACAGCUGUGCCAUGAGCCCCCUCCCAUGCUGGCACAGACCAGGGAACCAACCCCUAAAUGAGCCGAUGGAAGUGCCUCCCUGCCCAGGGCCAUCCCAGGUGACCUGGUGAGGCAGCCUGGCACACUCCCGUUGCAGAGCACAGCCUGGAGGAACACCAGGUCUUGCUUUUGUGCCUUCAGUUCCUCUUUGGAGCCUGUCGGAUACAAUGCUGGGCAGUCACAGGGUUGAGAUUUUACAGCUGUGGGGAGAGGUAGACACCUCAGCUCCUCUGUGCUGGAAACAGUGCCUGAGUUUGAUCAUCUCACCGGGCUGCUGAGACAGGGAUCCAACGAGGAGAGCAGGUGUUUGGUUUCCCUGGUUUUGGCUGGGAGCAGAUGGGACAGGUAAUGCCCAAGGGGGUCUCUGAGGUAAGGGGGUGUCUCCUCAAUCCCUGUGAUAUGUUUGGGAGCAGGGAGAAGGGAUGUGCCAAAGUCUGUGCCUGCUGCAGGAGGAGGAGGGUAGGCAGGCAGCGUUGCUGCAGGCUGAGGGAUGUGUUCUUUUUUUAGUGCCAGGUUCCCUCUGGGGUCUCAGCCUGCCAACCUGCCAUCUUGCCUCAGGACACGGCUGCCUUCUGUCUUGGACCAAGACAUUCCUGCCGUGAGGCUUCUGUAGCUCUUGAUUGUUCAAUCAUAAGUUAUUUGUGCAACUUCUAACCAAGUUCAAGAAUGAUUCUUCAUUUCAUAAAUUAAAGAUGAUCUUUUUCUGAA